AACAAAAAUACAACAAAAUGUUCGCCCCAAAGAGUCGUUCCCUCCUCACCAUGAUUGGUUCUCGCGCCAGAGUCCACACUUUUAAGAAUGUUUUUGCAGCACCAGCUUGCUCUAGAAAUUUCUUUGGUUUUAAUAAUAACAAUAAUAAUACAGGUUCAUCAUGGGAACAAAAAUCACAACAAACACCACAACAAGAACAACAAGCUGAAACUAAGAAACCAGAACAAACUCAACAACAAGAACAACAACAAACUCAACAACAAACAGAAAACACCCAAAAGACUCAACAACAAACAGAAAGCAAGCCUGCUGUUGAUGAUGCCAGAGUGAAAGAAUUGGAAAAGGAAAUUGAAAAUUUAAAGAAUAGCAAUGCCAAGUAUGACGACCAACUCAAGAGGGCUGUUGCCGAAAUGGCCAACGUUCGUCGUAUUGCUAAGAACGAUGUCGAUAAUGCUAAAAAGUUUGCUCUCCAAUCCUUCUCUAAAAAUCUCCUCGAUGUUGUGGAUAAUUUGGAAGCUGGUUUGAAGCACUUGAUAGAAGAAGAUGUUUCUCAAAUUGUUAAAUUGGCUCAAAAUAAUCCAGAAUGCAGUGAAGAGAUGCGAAAGAAGGCUAAUGCCUUGUUCACUUCAAUUGAAGGUGUCAAGAGAACUGAAAAUGUCUUGUUGAAGGUCUUGGAAAGAAACGGAGUCACAAAGAUGGAAGUUGCUGAAAAGACACCAUUCGAUCCUAAUUUCCAUGAAGCCAUGAUGAAGGUUCCACCAUCCGAAAAGACACCACACAACACUGUUGCUAUGGUUUUGAAGAGUGGUUGGAUUCUUAAUGAAAGAGUUUUGAGACCUGCCCAAGUUAUCGUUGCCAUUCAAGAUUAAAUUUCUUUUGUUAUUUCAGUAUUAUUUUC